AUGAUAGGUCUUACAAAAUUUUACACUAUAGCAGCUAUUGUGAGGGUGUUUCCAAGAUUUACCACCGUACCUACACGUCAAUCAGAAAAAUGGGUUGAUUUUUGUUGGUCAGAGUUAUUGUUGUACAAGCCAUUUCAUAAUAUCCAAAGAGAUAUUGGACUUGAUGAUAACAUAGUUAUAUCAAAUUGGGAGUCACUCAACUAUAAUCCAUGGCAUUUGGAACGAAGGAUUAUAACAAAUGAAGCUGAAGAUCAUAAUGAUUCUGAAGAUGAUGAUGAUUUACCAAAUAAUCAAAAUACAAUCGAACAUGAGUGGGAGAUCAUAUCAAGACUACAUCGUGGACAAAUUAUGGAUGUAACAGAAAUAGAUAUGUUGGGAAGAAGAGAUAUUGAUAAACAAAAUCCAUGGAGUGCAGAAUAUCAAGGAGAUGAUUACACAAAUAUAGCAAUAAAUUUUAUCAACACUAUGAAAGAGAAUGGCUUAUUAAUACCUGAUGAUAUGAUGUCAAGUAUAUCAUAUGGAACUUUAGGUGCUAAGCAAAAAAAAGCACUUGAUAUUAUUAUGUCACAUUAUAAUCAAGUUGACAAUGCCAUGCCACUAUACAUGAUAAUUCAAGGAACAGCUGGAACAGGUAAAUCAUAUCUGAUUCAUGCAAUUCGUCAAACUCUUAAUGAUGCAUCAGGAUCACAAUGUUCUCCCUUAUUAUUACUAGCACCAACUGGAGUUGCAGCAUUUAACAUUGGUGCAUCAACAAUUCAUUCAACUCUACGAAUACCUAUUGCAGAUUUUGCUGAAUUAGAAGGCACAAGACUCACAAGUCUCCAAGAAGAAAUUCAACAUAUUAAAUAUAUAUUGAUUGACGAAAUGAGUUUUAUUGGACAAAAUUUGUUACAAAAUAUUGAUUCAAGACUACGUCAAGCUUUUCCUGAAAAAUCAAACAUGAGUUUUGGUGGAAGAUCAAUCAUUUUGGUAGGAGAUUUGGGACAACUACCUCCUGUUAGUGACAAACCACCUUAUGAUAGUAAUGUGCGUGCAAAAUUAUUAUGGCAAGAGUUUAAGACAGUUGUUACUUUGGAUAAGGUGUUUAGACAAGAUAGAGAAACUGAAGACCAACAAAGGUUUCGCCAAUUACUCACAAAUAUUAGAGAUGCACAUCCAACUAUAGAUGAUUGGAAAUUAUUGAUGACAAGAACAGAUGCUUCAUUACAUCCAACAAUUAAGGAGGAAUUUGAUAAUAAUAUUCAUCUAUUUGCAACAAAUGACAAUGUGCAUAACCAUAAUAGAAAAAAGUUAUAUGCAUUAAGAAGACCAAUAGCCCGAAGCAUUGCAAGUAAAGAAGGUAGUACUAAUCCAGCAGGAGGUCAAAAUGAUGAGUUACAUGUUGAAUUAUUAAUUUCUAAGGAUGCAAGGGUCAUGUUAACAUCUAAUUUAUGGAUAGAAGCGGGUCUUGUGAAUGGAGCUUUAGGAUACAUCCGAAAUAUCAUAUACAAACCUGGAUGUGCCCCACCAGAUCCACCAACACAUGUUAUGGUUGAAUUUGACAAUUAUUCUGGACUUCCUUUUGAAGAUGCAUCUCCUAAUUUGAUUCCUAUUUCACCAAUACAAAGGGGCCGUACACGUCAAUUGCCACUAUGA